AUGGUAUCACAAUUACUGUUUUGCAAGUCAAAAGUGUUUGUACAUCCAACAAGGGUUGCGCAAGAUAAUGUUCCUGGGUAUUUAUUGGUAACCUAUGAUCCAGAUCAGCAACCGCAAGAUUCCUCGAUAUCAUGGAUACCUGAAUCUGGGCUUUCAAAAGCUCACGAUAUAUUUCUGAAGAACUCUGAUUUAAAAUUGGGUAAGUCGAAUGAUUCAUCUUUAACUGGGAUCUCAUACAACCCAAUGAUAUUAACUGAAGGACUGUGUAACACUUGGUCUUUUACAGUAAGAUUAAGCUCAUUAUAUUCUCUUCAAUUUAGAUUACCAUCACCCAGUGGUUGGUGGUUUGGUUCUUUAAUAAUAUAUGCUAAAUCUCCACAAGAAACUGAGACUUUUCCCGUUUUAUUUUUCCAUGAUGAUCAGUGCCAGUCUACAAUAGAUAAACAAAAAGAACUGAAUAAGUCGAUGAGCCCAUUUGGUGAAUCUGGAGAGAUGUACUGGGGGGGCGCUGAUUUUAGAAAUAUUAUUCGCAAAUUAGUAGAUCUUCAAAAGACUAAAGUUGAUCCGACUGUAUGGCUAAUUAAUGCUACUCUUGAAGACUUAAGAAAUUUUUCACCAGAAAGUUUAACAAGGAGAAGUGAUGGUAUUCCAAAAAAUAUUGAUCCAUUAACAGACGUUCAAGAAAGUUUCUGGAAUAAAUGGGAGUCAACAAAAUGGAGCAUGAUGGCCAAACUAGCAGAUGCAACCUCAAAGACGGGCUCAUUCGUUGGUGGCUUAAUACGUAAACAUCCCUUAGUUAAAUUAGCAGAGAAAAAUAGUGACAAUCCAUAUGUACAAAAGUUAUUAAAAAAUGAGAAGGUCCAAGAGAUACAGGAUGAUUUUGAUUCUGCAAGAAUUUAUUUAGCUAAGUGGGCGUUAGGCGUUAAGGAGCAAUCUGAAAGAUAUCAACAACUCAAUCGAUUGAAUGAUACUUAUAGAAAGAUGUUAACGAACGAAUUAGAUAUUGAUAUAGACAAUAAUAUCCAAUUCACAAAUGAAGAAUUAAACAAAUCUAUGGAAAGAAAUUUCCCAUUAACAAAACAAAAAUGGGAUUCAUUAUUUGAUUCUCAAGGCCGCCUAACAAUAACAGUUAAUGAAAUGAAAGACUUCAUUUUCCACGGCGGUAUUGAAACUAUGGAAUUGAAAAAAGAAGUUUGGUUAUUUUUGUUUAAUGUUUAUCCAUGGGAUUCCUCUAAUGAUGAAAGGUUACAGAUUAAUGAAACAUUGCGAGAAAUAUAUGAGAAUGAUUAUAAAUCUAAAUGGGUUAACAGACAUAAGAAUGAAGAUCCAGCUGAAGAAGAAUAUUGGCAAGAUCAAAUCUUUCGAAUUGAGAAAGAUGUUAAAAGGAAUGAUCGUCAUAUCGAUAUUUAUAAGUAUAAUACUAUUGAUGGCAAGAAGCCCCAAAAUCAAAAACCGAAGGCAAGUUAUGUUUCUGAGAUAGAGGCCUCUAUGAUACAAGAUGAAAGUAAUUCAGGUACCAUUAAGGAUGAUCAUAUUGACGAUGAAAAUUUAGAGGCUUUAAACGAAGACGAAGGUGAAACAAAUUACGAAGAACAAUUUGAUGAAGAUGAACAUUGGAAAAUUUUAAAUCCAAAUCUACAAACAUUAAGAAAUAUCUUAAUCAGCUAUAAUAUACAUAACUCUAAUUUGGGGUAUGUGCAAGGGAUGACUGAUCUUUUAUCUCCGUUAUAUUAUAUAAUUCGUGAUGAGGCACUAACUUUCUGGUGUUUUGUCAAUUUUAUGGAAAGAAUGGAACGAAAUUUUUUAAGAGAUCAGUCUGGUAUUCGAGAUCAGAUGUUAACAUUAUCAGAAUUAUGCAAUAUGAUGCUACCAAAAUUAAAUGAACAUUUAAAUAAAUGCGAUUCAUCAAAUUUAUUCUUUUGUUUCCGAUUUUUAUUAGUUUGGUUUAAGAGAGAAUUUUCGAUGGAAGAUAUUUGCUAUAUUUGGGAGAAUUUUUUAACCGAUUAUUAUAGCUCACAAUAUCAACUAUUUUUCAUGCUAGCUAUAUUACAAAAAAAUAGUAAUAUUGUGAUAGAUAGUUUUACCCAAUUUGAUCAAGUAUUAAAGUAUUUUAAUGAUAUUCAAAACUCAAUGGAUUGGAAAGAUUUAAUGAUCAGAAGUGAAUUAUUAUUUAUUAAAUUCCGGAAAUCAAUGGAACUCCUUGAAAGGAAAAAGGAAAUGCUAUCUAAUAUGGAAAAGAAUGGUAGAUUAUUAAGCGAAGAAGAUAAGCUAAUACUUAAUAAUGAGACGAAAUAUUUAAGUACAUUAUUAUCUAAAAAAUUAAUAAUUCAAACAGAGGGUGACAGAACUAUUGAUUCAUUAAAAUAA